GGUGGAGAGGAGGGGGCCCCGCAGGUGGACGUGAAGCUGGUGAAGAGCACCCAGGCCUCCAGGCUGUGGCUGCUGAGAAAGGAAGGGCUGAUUGGCCGAAUCCGGGAUGUGGAUGUGGAUGUGGAUGUGGAUGUGGAGGAUGUGGAUGUGGAUGUGGAUGGGGUGGGAGGAGGUCAGAGGCCCGCUGCCCAGAUCAGGGGGUUGUUUGUGUAGCUCCAGCCCCACCCCUCCUCCUCGGGGUUGGUUCUGGCACCAGGACCAUCUGCCCUCCCCCCUGAGGCUGUGGCACUUGAAGGCCGUGAUUCCCGAGUUACUGUCUUCAGAUCGUGUGAACAUGCCUUGGUGUUGAACAGGCUUUGGCCUGGAGCGUGUGUGUGUGUGUGUGUGUGUGUGUGUGUGUGUGUGUGUGUGUAAUGAUAGCUUUUUUUUUUUCAUCAUCAGAAAAAUAUAAUAAAAACAUAAUAAAAGUAUAGAACCUAUUUUGUAGGCCUGAGAGUUAAAUGAAGACUCCUGGCAGUUGCUAAACUGUUAAAACCUAACUUGUCCAAAGAGACUUGGAGCUUGCCCUUAAACUGUUCACACCAGUUGAUUCAGUUUCGUUAAGAAAUGUGCUGGUCAGGUGUGGCUCGGUGGUUGAGCAUUGACCUAUGAACCAGGAGGUCACCUUUCCAUUCCCUGUCAGGGCACAUGCCCCCGUUACAGGCUUGAUCCCCAGUAGGGGGCGUGCAGGAGGCAGCCCAUUGAGGAUUCUCAUUGAUGUUUCUCUCUCCCUCCCUCUCUGAAGUCAAUAAAAAUACAUUAAAAAAAAAAAAAAAAGAAACGUGAAGGUCAGGAUCUCUGGCCACCGAACUAUCUCACCAGGAACCACGUAGCCAGGCAAGGCGCGUCCUCCUGGGGCUGUCUCCCCGUCUCUCACCAUCUAGCGAACAGCUGUACCAGGCGGGAAAGAAUGUUCCUUUCGCUAUGUCAGUGCCACUAACCAGGACUGGGAGGGUCUGGGUUGAUACAAAGAAGGUGCUGUCACUGAUGUCUGAGUUUUCCUUACGGAGAAAACUUCAGGAGAGGAAAACACUUAUUGAUUGAUGGAUUUGAGAGAGAGAGAGAGAGAGAGAGAGAGAGAGACAUUGAUUCCAUCUACUUAUGCAUAUAUUGGUUCCACCUAUUUAUGGAUUCAUUGGUUGGUUCUUGUAUGUGCCAUGACUGGGGCUCGAACCCGCAACUUGGGCACAUUGGGACGAUAUCCUAACAACUGAGCUCCCCGCCAGGGCGAAGAACACUUCUUGACCACAGGGAGCUGCCCGCUGUGCCAGUGCUCAGGCUGCCGUAGCGAGGCCCCGCAGAGCAGGCGGUUUUAACAACCGAAAUUCAUUCUGAUGUGCUGGCCGAGGAGCAGUCCAGAAUCAAGGUGUCAGCAGGCUGGUUUCUUCUGGGCCUGUCUCCGAGUGGGCGGCCGGCUCCUUCCUGAGUCCCCACCUGGUUGUCCGUCUGCCUGGGUGUCCUAACUCGUACGGACACCAGUCCUAUGGGAUUCGGGCCCACCCCUCUGACCUCAUUUUAGCUUAAUUACCUCUUUAAAGACCAGUCCAUUUUGAGGUGCUAGGGGUUGGGACUUCAGUAUAAAUUGUGGGGCGUCACAGGUCAGCACCUGAACCCGCUUUCUGACUGGUUGGUCACAUUGCCUCCCUCGUGGGCCCCGGUGCUGCAUGGCUAAAACGGCACGGCUUGCCCCGGGCCCACCAAGCUUGGGACUAGUGGAUACGGGAUGCCCACCCGGCUGCCCCUUUCCCUCGCCAGGUGCUGCAGGCUGGCGUGUGCGUCCCUGCAGCGCCACGGGCUCCACACGGCGGCGAGGCACUGCAAGGCCCGCACCGGCGCCGAGCACCUGUGGCUGACGCGGCACCUGAAGGACCCAUUCGUGAAGGCGGCGAAGGUGGAGAGUUACCGGUGUCGGAGCGCCUUCAAGCUUCUGGAGGUGGACACGAGGCACCGGAUCCUGCGGCCCGGCCUCCGGGUGUUAGACUGCGGGGCGGCCCCCGGGGCGUGGAGCCAGGUGGCGGUGCAGAGAGUCAACGCUGCAGGCACAGAUCCCAGCAGUCCCGUGGGCUUUGUGCUCGGGGUCGAUCUUCUUCACAUCGCCCCCCUGGGAGGAGCGACUUUCGUGUGCCCCGCUGACGUGACGGACCCACGGACCCUGCAGAGAAUCCAAGAGCUGCUUCCCGGCGGGAGAGCAGACGUGGUUCUGAGUGACAUGGCCCCCAGCACAGGGAUCCGGGGCCUGGACCACGACAGGCUCAUUGGCCUGUGCUGGUCGCUUCUGGACAUGGCUCCAGACGUGCUAUGUCCUGGGGGCACAUUUCUCUGUAAAACCUGGGCUGGAAGUCAAAGCCACCGGUUACAGAAGAGACUGACGGAGGAAUUCCAGAGCGUGAGGACCCUGAAGCCUGAGGCCAGCAGGAAGGAGUCCUCAGAGGUGUACUUCUUGGCCACACAGUACCGCAGAGCCCGGGGGCCCGGGGGGGCCUGAGCUCCCGCCCGCCCUUGCAGGGCCUGGUCACUGCACACGUUGCUGCACUCUGCGGGGCUGGGAGGCCCGGGCUUCACCUGGGAGGCAGCGGGCAGGACAAGUGGGGGUCUUUACAAACCGAAAAGAGGACAGAACUGUAUUCAGUGGCCAUGAUAAAAAACGGUCUGUCACGUGAUUUGUGAAGAGGAAGUUAUCCUGAGAGAGGGACAAAGAUGAAAGGACGAGCCGACAGGCUGGGCAGGGAAGGAUAAACACAGGCCGAGCCGGAGAGCCGCGCCUGCCACGCUCGUCUUACAGGCUGAAGUGGCCACAGAGCAGGGUCCGCCUCUGCUCCGGACAGCACAGGUUUCCAGCUGAGAUUUUGGCUCUACAGCGUCAUGUAGGAAAAUCUGAAAAUCCCGUCUGGGGACUAAAGUCCUUCUGGUGGAUGAUCCGGAGAUGCACCCACCCUUCAAGCAGCGAUGUCCCCAGGCAGUUAGGGAGACACUGGUGUGAACUGUGCAUGGGCGGGUGUGCUUUGGGUUUUGCUGGAAAGACGGCUGUAAUACUCGGGCUCCCUGGACAGUAAAGGUCAUUGCCAAAGCAGGCA